UGUUGACAGUCCGGUGUACAACGAUGGCAGGAGUCGACGGCACGCAACCUGUACAGGUUGAUAUUUCCAAAACUAGCAGCGUGCCAGCUGAAGGAUAUGACAAGAAAUGUAUUUUCUGCAAGAUUGUAAACAAUGAAAUGGGCACGGAGCUUCUUCACUGUGAUGAAGAAAUCACAUGUUUCAGAGACAUCAAACCUGGAGCCCCCCACCAUUACCUGGUCGUCCCAACCAGACAUGUUGGGAACUGUAAAUCACUCAGCAAAGAGCAUGUUCCUUUAGUGAAGCGGAUGGUGGAGACAGGGAAAGAGAUCCUCCAGAAAAACAACGUCACAGAUCUCAGUGAUGUCAGGUUUGGUUUCCACUGGCCCCCAUUCUGUUCUGUUACACACCUACACCUUCAUGUCCUGGCACCUGCCAGUCAAAUGGGCUUCAUGUCCCGCCUCUUCUACAGACUCAACUCCUACUGGUUUAUCACGGCAGACCAGCUGAUUGAGCUUCUCGACUCUAAAGGAGAGACCAACUGAUCACUUAGAAUCCAGUUCUUGCAGUACUUGGCUGUGUUGGAUGGUACAUGAUAACUUGCUGUCUGUUUGAUCACAGCAAAUGACAACUGUAUUACUAUGAUAUUCGUUACAAGCGACCACCUAGGUUUUUAGUUUUAUGAAAACUUUUCAGACUUGAAGCCAAGUAAAAGCUUGAAUGAAGCCAAAUCUUGUUUCUUGCUGCUUGAUAUUCUAGGAACAUAUGUUUUUUUGGUUAAUGUUUUUACAGAAGAAGUGAAUUAAAUCUCCAUUAAUCUGCCAUAAUAAAAAACACGUAUUCACUUUAUGGACCAAGUGAAAUACAGCGUGAUUCAGAGCUUUGAAUCAUCAUAGAAAAUGUUGAGGCCAUUUUCUGUCUUUACUGAAAGGAAAGGUGAGUUGUAUGAAACUAUAAAUUUGCUGGAGUGACUUUAUGAUAAUGAAAAUGAUCAUUUCACAUCUAGAGAAAUGAUUCAUAAACACGUUUCCUGUCA